AUGGGAGAGAAUAAAGGAAAUAUAAAGAGAGAUGUCAGGAGUUAUAUAAAACCUAGAGAAGAAAAUGACCCUUUCCAGGCUCUACUGCCGCCUGACAGUGGAGUUUCUGCUCCCACACACCCUCGGGUUCGCCUGCCUGGGACCUGCCGUGGCUCCGAAGGCUCCGCGGCUGCCGAAGUCAAUGAUGCUGCACCCCUGGCCGCGGUCUCCCGUCUUCGGAGCCGCCCCGACCCCCACCGGGGGCUGGGGGAAGUCAAGGAGCCGUCGGUAGCCAGGCUGGAGGCGCGGCGCCUCGCCCCCUCACACCGCGCUCCUUCCCGCCCUGGGGCCAGUCCAGGGACCCCCCCAACCACCACGGGGGCACCUCCGUGGGCCGGGCGGGCCCCGCAGCCCACCUCCUCCAGCUGCAGCCUGGGCGCCGUGCUCCGAGGCGGGGGAGCAGCGCCCGGCGGCCCGGCCGGGGCUGGGAGCUGGGCCUGGAGGUCUCUGCGCCCCGGUCUCCGGGGCCAGGCGCAGCGCAGGACCGCGGGCAGAGGCGGGUCUAUCCGCUGCGGAGCCGGGAGCCCCCGGGUGGCGGAGCGCAGGGCCGCCGCCCCGGGAGCGAGCCGCUACUCACCGUCCCCAGCCGGCCGCGGACCCGCCGCCAGGCGCCGCCGGCUCCUCCUGGCCGCGGCGCAAUCGCCACCGCCGCCGUCUCCGCCACCUCCUGGCGGGGCCGCCCGCCUGGAUCGCGGCCUUUUUCUCUCUCUUAAGAAUGACUACGAUUUUUUAAGUGAACUUUAUUGGCAGCCAAGUUUCAGAACAAGCAUCUCAGCAACCGCUCCGCCGAGGACAGCAGGGCUCGGAAACCUCUACUCCUCUCACCCGCGGGCCCGCCGCGCUGAGGAGCAUGCGCCGGGCUGGGUCUGCGCAUGCUCCGCGCCGCCCGGCGCCCGCCCGCCGCCUCCGGGUCCCGGCUGGUUGCUGAGAGGCGGCCGCUCUGAGAUGCCGGCGCCCCCCAGGGACCCGGGUGUACGGCGGCGGGACCAGCUGCCAGCAGGAGCUCCCAGGGCGUGGACUACAGCGCAAAGACUGACCGAGGAAAUCUGCGGGUCUUGUCGGUUCAGUGGCCCUAAAAAGUAUCGUAGACUGGGUGACUUGACCUGCAGGAAUAUAUGUCUCACAGUUCUGGAGGCUGGGAAGUCCAAGAUCAAGAUUUCAGCUGCUCUGGUUUCUGGUGAGAGCCUUCUUCCUGGCUUGCACAUGACCCUUGUCACUGUGUCCUCUGGUCUCUCCCCCUCUUAUAAGGGAACUGAUCCCAUCGUGGGGACCCAACCCUCUUGACCUCAUCUCAAUCUCAUUACCUCAUUAAGGCCCCACCUCCAAAUACCACUGCAUUGUAGGUUUUGGGCUUUAAUAUAUUAAUUGGAGGGGAGCCACAAACAAUUUGUCCAUAACACUAAGGAAGGUGUAAAGAGUUUAGGCCUUUUAGAAACACAAUAGCAGGUUUUCUUUCAUGUGGGAGGAGGGGAAAGAAAUUACUUUUUCUAUUUUUUACUUUAAAAGAUCCUUUAUUUCAUGAUUGGGAGCUUGGGUAUACAUUUUAGGUCCUUUUAUACUUUCUACACCUGCUUAUUUUAUUUAUAUUUAUUUAUUUAAAAUUUUUACCACAUUUAUUGAGAUAUAAUUGACAUAUAACAUUGUGUAAGUUUAGGUGUACAGUUGAUUUGAUGCACUUGUAUAAUUCAAAAUGAUGACCACCAUAGAGUCAGCUAACACCUCCAUCAUGUUGUAUGAUUGCCAUUGCUUUUUUUGUGGUAAGAAUAUUUAAGAUUUACUUUCUUAGCAACUUUCAAGUAUAUAAUAUAGUAUUAAAAGUGUUGUUAACAGUAAUCACCAUGCAGUGCAUUAGGUCCCCAGAACUUACUCAUCUUGUAAAUGGAAGUUCGUACCCUUUGGGCAACAUCUUCCCAUUUUCCUUACCCCCCACCCUCUGGUAAUCACUAUUCUGCCCUGUUUCUUUGAGUUUGGGUUUUUUAGAUUCCACAUGUAAAUGAUCGUACCCUAACUGGCUUUCUCUAUCUGACUUGUUUCACUUAACAUAGUGCCUUCAAGGUCCAUCCAUAUUAUUGCAAAUGGCAAGAUUUCCUUCUUUCUCUUGGAAUAAUAAUAUUCCUUGUAACACACCAUCUGUGCGUGUGUGUGUGUUUUUGUGUAUGUGUGUACACACACACACACAUACAUACACAUAGUUUCUUUAUCCAUUCAUCCACUGACAGGCACUUAGGUUCUUCCCAUAUCUUGACUAUUUUGAAUAAUGCUUCAGUGAACGUUGGGCUGCAGAUAUC